ACCAAAUAAAUCUACGGAAUGAAUGAGCUUGAGUCGUAUUUAUACAACUUAUAAUCCUUAUUUACCAACAUAAAUAUCGUUUAUUUUAGUUUUUUAAUUUUGCACUUCUGGAAGCUUUGCAAAAUUCCUAUUUCCGAAGAGGAUAAUUUCUUAAUAUUUUACCCUUCAAGCAUAAAUAUCUUCACAAUACCAACAACAGCCAUAAAAUCCUCCUGCCCAAAGUUUUGAAAAAAGAAAAGGGUCAAGAAAGCAAAAAGAAAAAAAGAAAAAAAAAAGUAGAGAGAGAGACUUAGAGAGAGAAAGGAACCAGCCAGCCAUGGGAGUGGUGAUCAUCGACGGCACAACAGUCCGGGACUUCGCGAACAACGAGGAGGAGUUCAACAAGCGCGUGGACUCCCAAUUCGCCUCUCUCGACCUCAACAACGACGGCGUCCUCUCCCGCUCCGAGCUCCGCACGGCCUUCCAGUCGAUGCGCCUGAUCGAGACCCACUUCGGCCUCGACGUCGCCACCCCAAACGACGAGCUCGCCCGCCUCUACGACACCAUCUUCGACUCCUUCGACGGCGACCGCAGCGGCGCCGUUGACCCCGCCGAGUUCCGCGCCGAGAUAAGGAACAUCCUCCUCGCCAUCGCCGACGGGCUCGGGUCGUCGCCGAUCCAGAUGAUUCUGGAGGACGAUGAUCCUAGCUUCCUGAAGCAAGCUGCGGAUCUAGAAGCGUCGAAGCUGGCGUCUAAGGAUGAGCCGUCGGAGAAGAAGGCGUGAUUUGGUGGUUUGCCUGUUAAGUGUUUGUUGAAAUGCGUCAAUGAAUAAUAAAUUUGUAAGCUUUCUUUCUAACUCUUGAAAAUGUAUUUUGUGGCUAGUAUAUUGAAGUUCCUGUGUUAUUU